AGGCGUGGUCUGAGGUUUCUGUGAUUUUCCCAGAAAGGGGGCAUGUCGGGGACACAGUCAUUCAAGGUGGAGGACACAGAACAAGAUGGAGUCCGACGGCGUAGGUCCGCCCAUUCAUUACUAAACGUCUUUUUCUCCUGUUAACAUUUUUAUUGGCUGUUGGGGGGACCUUAGCCAAAAAGCUGGAAGGGUAGCUUGGAAGUUAUUUUGGCUCUCCCAUAAAAGUAAAGUGCAAGACAAGACUGGAGUAAGAGAAAACCAUGAAGAAUGGAAAAAGGUUGUGGUCAUUGUGAGCGACCUAUAGCUGCUCAUCUCAGCAGUCUCACCAAACUUGGCACCUGGCACAGAAUUGCCCUUAGAGAAGAGGCCUUUGGAAGGUUCUUCUUACGAAGAUAGAGAAGGUAGUGGAAACGAGCCUCCUGAGUUUUUCCAGCCCUAAAUGGCAGCAGAAUCAAGAAAGUUGUCAGCCUCAUCCCCACCAGACCAAGCUCCUGAAGAAGACCUUGUAAUUGUCAAGGUAGAGGAAGAUCAUGGCUGGGACCAGGAAUCUAGUCUGCAUGAAAAUAAUCCUCCUGGCCAGGAGUUAUUCCGUCUGCGCUUCAGGAAGUUAUGCUACCAGGAGACAUUAGGACCCCGAGAAGCUCUGAUCCAACUCCGCGCACUCUGCCAUCAGUGGCUAAGGCCAGAUUUGAACACCAAGGAGCAGAUCUUGGAGUUAUUAGUGCUAGAACAGUUCUUGACCAUCCUGCCUGAGGAGCUUCAGACUCUGGUUAAGGAACAUCAGCUAGAGAACGGAGAGGAGGUGGUGACCCUGCUGGAGGAUUUAGAAAGACAGAUUGAUAUAUUAGGACGGCCAGUCCCAGCCCGUGCACAUGGUCAUGGACUCUGGGAGGAGGUCGUACAUUCAGAGUCUACACCAGGGCUUCCAAAUACUCAGCUCCGACCCAUGGCAAUGCAGCACAAAUCUCCGGUGUCCCAAGGGUCACAAGAGAAAGCCAUCUCUACUUGUGAGAGUCCUGCCUCUUCCCAGAAAGGAAGUCCUGGGAACCAGGAGAUGACGGCCACACUGCUCACAGCAGGGCUGCAGACUUUGGAGAAGAUCGAAGACAUGGCUGUGUCCCUAAUUCGAGAGGAGUGGCUUCUUGAUCCAUCACAGAAGGAUCUGCAUAGAGAUGACAGGCCAGAAAAUUACAGAAACAUGUUCUCCCUGGGUGGUGAGACCAGGAGUGAGAACAGGGAAUUAGCUUCGAAACAGGUAAUAUCUACUGGAAUCCAACCACAUGGAGAGACAGCUGCCAAAUGCAACGGGGAUGUUAUCGGGGGUCAUGAGCGUGGAGAAGCCCGAGAUCUUCUGGGCAGAUUAGAGAGGCAGCGGGGAAAUCCCACCCAGGAGAGACGGCAUAAAUGUGACGAAUGUGGGAAGAGCUUUGCCCAGAGCUCAGGCCUUGUUCGCCACUGGAGAAUCCACACUGGGGAGAAACCCUAUCAAUGUAACGUGUGUGGGAAAGCCUUCAGUUAUAGGUCAGCCCUUCUUUCCCAUCAGGAUAUCCACAACAAAGUAAAACGCUAUCACUGUAAGGAGUGUGGUAAAGCCUUCAGUCAAAACACAGGCCUGAUCCUGCACCAGAGAAUUCAUACUGGGGAGAAGCCAUAUCAGUGCAAUCAGUGUGGGAAGGCUUUCAGUCAGAGUGCAGGCCUCAUUCUGCACCAGAGAAUCCACAGUGGGGAGAGACCCUAUGAAUGUAAUGAGUGUGGGAAAGCUUUCAGUCAUAGCUCUCACCUCAUUGGACAUCAGAGAAUCCACACAGGGGAGAAGCCCUAUGAGUGUGAGGAGUGUGGGAAAACCUUCAGGCGGAGCUCACACCUCAUUGGCCAUCAGAGAAGCCACACUGGGGAGAAACCCUACAAAUGCAAUGAGUGUGGGAGGGCCUUCAGUCAGAAGUCAGGCCUGAUUGAACAUCAGAGAAUCCACACUGGAGAAAGACCCUAUAAAUGUAAAGAAUGUGGGAAAGCCUUCAAUGGGAACACUGGCCUCAUACAGCAUCUGAGAAUUCACACAGGGGAGAAGCCCUAUCAAUGUAAUGAGUGUGGGAAAGCCUUUAUUCAGAGGUCAAGUCUCAUUCGGCAUCAGAGAAUCCACAGUGGAGAAAAAUCUGAAUCCGCAGGAGUUUAGGGAAAAAACUACAGUCCUGGUGUGGGCAUUAUUCAGAAUUAGAGAAGCCACAUGCUGGUGAGAGGUCUUUCAGUGCAAGUAAAAAGCCAGAAACUUUGUCAUCACUACAACCUUAACGUAGGAUCAGAAUCGGUAGCGGUGGCAGAGUUUGAAUAGCUCUUCAGUAGUUUGGGCCGGUUCCUUGAUGCAGGUGGAUCAGCUUGACUGUCUUAGGAGGUGUCUGAUGGAGUGGAGCUCCUGGUGGCCUAAUGCAUCCUUUAGAAACACAAUAGCAUCUGAGCAAGUGGCUGGUGGUGGAGGCACUUAAUUUUGUCUUUCGGGUGAGUAGCUGUAGGUGUGAGAGAGGCUCCUCCCGGUUCCUCUGCUUCUUCCCAUCUCCUGUGAUCUCCUUCCCCCACUGAUUCCCCGGCAGGCGCACUUGUUAUCCUGAUCUGAUCUGAGAAGCUACUUUAGAGUUUGAAGCAGCCUCCCUGUGAGAACUUAUAUUUGUAUUUAGCUUUCUAAGAACCUAGUUCUAGGGAAAUUUUUACAGACACAUAAUGUAUUUAUGCUUAAGUGUGCGUGUUAUUUUAUCCCAACGUUCCUGAUAGUGGAAAACCGUAUUCCCACGCAAACUCAGAAUGCUAUAUUUUUAACAGCACUCCAGCAUUUUUCUUCAUAUAUCACCUUCGCUGACUCCUCUGAGUCACUGAGCAUCCAUACGUGUCCUCCACCACCCCCACCCCCAGCACCUGUGUCAGCAAAAGAAGUGAUGUUUGUGGGAGUGAAGCAGAGAAGGAGGUGAGUGGAGACUCAGUCUGGCUGCUCUCGAGCUUGGGUGGUUGUACCUUUGGGUGACUUCCGGCUCUCUUUUCCACCUUCCCGCUGUAUGCCGUGGUGCACAGAGGUGUGGACACUGUUCCAGUUGUAGCAUGGCGUGGGCGAAAGGGGAGACAGGUGCUUGAAGACCUAAAAUCCUUACGAAGAACGCGCACUCAUCCCUUCUGGCCCAUUACAGCCCUGCCCUCUCAGGUUCCGGUCAGUCUGCACAGACCCCUGACUGGAUGGUCUGUCCCUGCUGUCAUUGCCCUCGUCCCCCUUCCUCAGAUGGCCUUAGCACCUCACCCUUCAUUCUCCAUCUGUCUCUUGCCAUUAGCUUUAUAAAUGCACAGCGGUGAUCUGUCAAAUACCUCACCCCACAGUCCCGCACUGUUCUGAAUUCGUCUGUAAGCUAGCGGAAACACAAUAUUAACUCAUUACCGGGCACUGUCUUUCUCCUUUGCGGCUUUCCAUAUACCAGGGGAUAUUGUAUAAAGUAACAAGGCUGUUCUAAGCAGCACACCAGAACCUGUGCAUCCGAACAUGGUCUGCCCUUUAAAUUUGGCGGUCCGGGUUGUUGCUGUAGCACUACCACUCCUCCCAACAUUUGGAAGACUUCUAGUCUUGAAUAGUGUCUCGUUUUUGACCAUUACCCACUUGUUCACCAGACUUAGAGUUGAGUCCUUUUUGGCUUUUUUUCCAAAGUCAGCUUUCAAAACGGGAAUUGAUUCCAUUAAUCCUAUGCC